AUGACUUCAUUCUACGACGAGGUCGAAAUCGAGGAUUUGGACUUUGAUGAGGAUACUCAAAUCUAUACCUAUCCUUGCCCAUGUGGCGACAAAUUUGAGAUAUCAUUGGAUGAGAUAAAAGACGGAGAGGAUGUUGCCCGUUGCCCAUCAUGUUCGCUGAUUAUCAGAGUCAUAUAUGAUCCCGAUGACUUUGCAGACGAAGACGAAGAGGGAACAACAUUCACCAUCGACACUUCCAUCACUGUAUCAUAA